UCCGUCCUUGCCUGUGAUGGCUGCUCAAGGUAUGUCUCUGCAGGACAAGGUUGCUAAGUUGUUGAGUCGCCGAAAUGGGAAGCCUGUGCUUAAACCCAGCCGAGCCCUGGCAUUAGCCGACGCAGUGGCCAACCGAAAGCGGAGACUUGGCGAGGCAACUUGUAUAACAGAAAUGUCUGUAAUGAUGGCGUGCUGGAAACAGAAUGCAUUUAGUGACACAGCUUGUAAUAAAGAGAUAAAGACUUUCUACGACUGUGUUUCAAAAGAACAGGCUGCAAGAAAAGCUGGAUUAAACCAGGAAGUCCAAGCAGGACGGUUGCCUCCAAAACAAGUAAACACAUUACUGAGACGUUUCCCAAAUAUUGAUCAUGAAAUAUAAACAUUUGAAUGGUAUUAACAGACUAUUCUACAUAGUGUCUUUACAAAAUACAGUCAUUAUCUGCUGAUUUGUUCUUGGUAAGAAAGUGUUAUUCCUUGGAUUGAAGAAGCAAGAAGAAAGUUCUUUCUUAUUUCAUGGAGUAAUAGUUACUGGACAACACUUCUGUUUCCGAACACAGGCUGCAAAUCAAAUAUCUGGAAACUGUUGCAAAUAUGAAUAUGCAGCCUUGCUUAGAUCUGCAAUCUACAUCAUGAAAAAAAGAAAAUACUUCUACACUUUACAUGAUUCUCAUUUCUUAGCCAUGAAAAUAUAUACAUUGUAAUUAAAAAACUUCAUAUUCUAAUUGUAUUAAUACUGUAAAUAUAAUAAAGAGUCCAAAUUAGCCACAAUUUGGAUUUUUUUUUCUUUUUGAACACAUGAAUAUUUUUUCUGGUAAUGUUCAAGCUGUUUAUUGUCUCUUUGUGUCCCAAGCCACAACAAUCUAUCCCGUAACAGUAAAUAAAAUAAAAAAGUAUCACAGUAUUUAUUAUUUGGUUAAGAGAAUUAAAAUAUAAAUAUAUAUAAACGUUUUUUGUUUUUUUUAAACAUAAUUGUAGGACAGUCGUGGCUCUGUGACUGCAUGCAUUGAUUCUGCAUUCUAGAAAACCGCUCUUUCUACCUGUAAAUUAAGGGGCUGAUCUGUGAUAGCGCUUUCGGGGGCUAACAGAGGUUUUUUUUUUCCCCCAAAUCUCACAUGACUUCCCCAUAAGAUUACCAGUAGAGUGUCAGAUAUAAAAUGCUUUAACACACAAGAAUACAAUGUUACAUUUUUAUUUGUUUACUGCUAUUGUGUAUAGUGUGAUUGCAAAUCAUUUUCCACUGAGUUUUGUAUAUCGUGAUUCAGAUUGCGUAAUCAUUUCUAUUAAAAAGCAGUAGAUUUGUCAUAUGUGA